UCACACUCUCAAGCCUUACUUACUCUAAGCAAAGACUCACUCACUGGUCACUGCAUUUGAAUGGCAAAGUUUUCAAUGCAAUAUCUACCACUUUUCUUAUUUCUUUUCUGCUGCGUAUCCCACGGCGGAGCCGAUGGGUUCUAUAGCGGUUGGCAAAGUGCUCACGCCACGUUCUAUGGUGGCUCUGAUGCUUCUGGCACAAUGGGGGGAGCAUGUGGGUAUGGAAACUUGUACAGCCAGGGGUAUGGCACCAGAACUGCAGCUCUAAGCACAACUCUCUUCAACAAUGGCUUGAGCUGUGGCGCAUGUUAUCAACUGAGGUGCCAAAAUGAUCCCCAAUGGUGCCUUCGUAACACCAUUACGGUCACUGCCACCAACUUCUGUCCCCCGAACUACGCCCUCUCUAAUGAUAAUGGCGGGUGGUGCAAUCCCCCUCUCCAACACUUCGAUUUGGCACAACCUGCUUUCCUAAAGAUUGCACAAUAUCGUGCUGGAAUUGUUCCUGUAGCUUACAGAAGGGUACCAUGUGUGAAGAAAGGAGGAAUGAGGUUCACCAUAAACGGCCAUUCUUACUUCAACUUGGUGCUUAUAACAAAUGUAGGAGGUGCAGGGGAUAUCCAUGCAGUGUCCAUAAAGGGCUCAAAAACAGGGUGGCAAGCUACGUCAAGGAAUUGGGGCCAAAAUUGGCAGAGCAAUUCUUACCUCAAUGGCCAAAGCCUCUCUUUCCAAGUUACGGCCAGCGAUGGAAAAACCAUCACCAGCUACAACGUCGUGCCCUCCGGUUGGCAAUUCGGACAAACCUUCGAAGGAGGUCAGUUCUAGGGAAGCCUAUGCAGUUGUUUGUGAGAUGGGGGGGAGGGGGUGUUUGAGAGGAUCCAGGCACCUGUUACAUGGAAGAAAUAUAUAGAUACAUAGACAAGGAAAUAUAGAUACUAACCAAGCCAAGAAAAGUCAUAUAGAUAUAAGUCCCAACUUGAUUGAAAACGAGGUUUCGGGGCAAAUAAGACAUUUUCACAUGUAUGGUGGGUCAUCUUGGUUGCAAUGUUAUACUAUAGUUUCAUCGCUACAAGUUUAACAACUUGCUUUCUUCUC